AUCCCGCUUUCGCCAACGAACAAGAAAAAGAAAAAAGAAAAAGGAAAAAAAGAGUUCCCCGUAGUCGUAUUUGUUAGAGAUGCCAAAUGUUUCAGUGGCUUCUUAGGGUUUUCUCGGAUCAAAGAGAAAGAUAAACUGAAAACAAAAAUGGCGAGAAAUGGAGAUCCAGAGGGCGAGGGAGUACUGCCGAGAGCGUCUUCGAGCACGAGAGUGAGAGCGAGGCCCGACCCGUUACUGGUGGUUUGCCGGUGCUUUAGCGUUAUAACCUCUCUUACUGCGAUUCUUUGCAUUGCCGUCAACGUUCUCUCUGCUGUUCGCUCUUUCAAGAAUGGAUCUGAUGUUUUUGAUGGGAUAUUCCGGUGUUACGCGGUUGUAAUUGCCUUCUUUGUGGUUCUCGCGGAGACAGAAUGGGCCUUUAUAAUCAAGUUUUGGAAGGUUUUGGAGUACUGGGCUGGUAGGGGUAUGCUUCAAAUCUUUGUUGCAGUAAUGACAAGAGCUUUUCCUGAUUAUUCGGAAAGCCAAAAGGACCUUGUUCUUCUUCAGAACAUAGCAAGCUACAUGCUCCUUGCCUGCGGUUUAGUCUAUGUUUUUUCGGGACUCUUAUGCAUUGGCUUUCUCAAACGUUCACGCCAGCAAAAGGAAAUUACAAGGGAACAAGCAGUUAAGGAUCUGGAGGAAUUGGAGAGGCGUAGAGAGGAACUUGAACAAUUGCUCUUGGCAGAAAGGGUUUGAGACAAUUUGUUCCAUUAGUUCAAGGGGCAUAUUGUUAUACGAGUUGCCAGAGGCCAGGGGCCCUAACUCCAAGAACAGCUCAACUUUAUGAUGUUUGUACUCUUCUCUUUUUUGAUGCUUUCUCUCUGUUUUGCUUUCUUGAAGUUGGAUGCUAAGCAACAGCAUAUAUUGUGUAAAGUUGUAUAGUUCACGUCAACAAGCAAUUCUUAAUUCUUUUGGAGUGCUAUAUUAAGUGAUUUACAAACAUUUCUGAUUUAGAGCCUCCACUUGUCUGGCUUAUGUACUUGUUCUUUGUUUGCUGACAAUGACCUUGCAUAUUAAACAUAAUAUCUGAUGCUCCCAUAUGCAUUUUGGCUGA